ACAUGACUUUCGGCGCCUGCAGCGAUCUUGGGCUCUACGACUACCGUAGCUGCGUCCCUCCCUGGGGCAGCGACCUCCUCUUCAUGCGCUUCACAGAGAGUCUACCUUUGUUACCCAGCGAAACGUGGGUUCAAAUUUUGAUGAACUUAGAGCCCGCACCCUACGGUACGGCUUCUGAUAACCGCGAUCUAAAGACGGUCUCAACAUGUUGCAAAGCAUUCUACCAAAUUUGCCGGCCGCUACUCUACAAGGCCGUCGUUCUGUCUCGAUGCACAAUUCCCCUCCUAGUGAGGUCGCUUCAUGCCGCUCCAGCACUCGAACACUUCAUCUAUUCAGUCCGCAUCCUCGACGACGACUAUGGCCUUGGGGGGAACCUAGCUCAAACGAGGGAUAUCUUGUCAAAAAUCGAGAGGGAAUACCGCUCCCCACUGUUCUCCGAUCAAGAAGAGUCGCUGCUGUUACAGCACCUCGAGGAUAAUCAAGUUGAGGCCUGGCUUGCGUUACUCCUCUCACGUUUGAACAACAUCAAGGAGCUUAGCUGGCGCGGUAUCGAUUGGAAAUCUGCCUCCUCGGGUUGCUUAAGUCGUAUUGCGCGAGAUGCCCGCUCUCGAAUCAGCAAACUUUCGACAAUUAGGCUGGAGAUGAUACAGGAAAUCCCAUUUCACCUGGAUCCUCUUCUUCAGCUCCAUGGUUUAAGGGAGCUCUGUAUCGACAACCUCCUCAUUAUACACCCACCGAACGAGUUGCCCACAGUAUCUGGUGUUACCUGCCUAGAUAUCAGACACUCUAUCGAUCCAAUCAUGAGCCCUCAUGCGUUAGGCCCGCUCCUCCAGGCCUGUCCUGAACUCCAGGUGUUGCGUAUAUCUAUGAGAGGAAAACAUGGACAUGGAUCUUGGGAGAGGGGCUCUUGGGUAGUUCAGCAGAUCAUCAAAAACAUACCCCCUUCAGCUCAAUCCUCUUUAAAAACAAUGGAACUGGACAUCCCCAUUGGAUCUUCGCCCUCCUCAAUCGGGUAUCUAGCACCGUAUACGUCUCUGACCGACCUACAACUUCCAGCGGUGAUGAUCUUAGGAUCUCGUUCCACGAGAAAUGGCAAACUUAGACUCCCUAGGUCACUACACCGCCUGACCUUGUUCAUGACCGUUACAUCUACACCGAUUAGAGAGAGACUCUCUUCGGCCUUGAGGAAGUGUAUCAGAGACGCACAGUCACUCUGCCAACUCACUAUCCUCUGGCCGGCAGAGACCCGCGGGGAUCGCCAAUUGAACCUCUCUGCCUUUUGCUCUGGGCGCGGAAUUGCAUUUCAUACCCGCGAUGAGGGCAGGCCCCGAAUCUCCCCAUGUAUAUAAGUUAGAUCCCUAAGUCGCUGGCAGUCAAUGAAAAGAGUUAGCGCUGGCGACGUAGCAGAGGGCUCACGGAGUAAUUCAGAUCGAUCAGUCUUCCUGCCAGAUUCAGGGUCACAAAGACGGAAUGGGUCCGAUCGAACUCUCAAGCAUAAUCAGCUGCUGUAGG